GCAUCUGCGUCUGGUAGCGGGCUGUCACUCUGGCUCUAUGGCAGAGUGGCCCCAUGCUCUCUGACUUGUGACUGACUGUUCCUUGUUUUCAGAGUCCCAGAGUAGCCUGGUCUCAAACAAUAGAUCCUUUCUCCGCUAGGCAUCUGGUGCAGCACUCCUGAAGCACCGGGUUGGGUAGGGGUUUGGAUGCCGGGAUUGGAUGCAGGAUUUUUUUUUUUUUUCCGCAGCUAACGGGCCCCACCGGAGGAGGCAUUAUUUCCCCUCCCCCCUUCCCUCUCCCCCCUGGAUUAAGGCUUGCUAGUACUGAGGGUUUAUCCUGCAGCUGGGACUGCCAGUCUUUUGUCACCAAGGCUGACAGGCUUACGAGUGGUUGGGGCUCUGACUCUUCUUUCCCCCUGCGGCGAUUGGGGCUGCAGAUUGCUUCCGCCUGUCCUUGCCUUAGUUUUUCUAUUUUACCGUCCUUUUUCAUCUGUCUUGUCACCUCUUUCUGAUGCUCAUUCUUUCUUUCCGUCCCGAGGAUAUGGUCUAUCCUUUGUUACUCUGACUCUUCUAUCUCGGAGUUGAAUGGAGGAAGCGUCCAAUCCGCCAUCUUACCCCAGAAAGCAAACAUUUUCCCUUCUGAUACAGUGGGGAAGUGGGUAUGUGGAGUGGGGAGAGGAGGAGACUACGAAGAGGACGAGGUAGUAUCAGUGGGACACCAAGUUGCUGCUGGAGAGAUGUUCUCCACAUCCUUCAGUUUCAGAUGCGAGUGCCCUAAUUAGGUAAUUUCUGCUGCUUGACUGAAACACCCAGGCUCGAUCCCUGAUUCCUGUAAUUGCAAUUACAUGGGAGGGGAGGAACGGCUACUGGGUCUUUCCUUGCUUUGCCGUUCGGGUAGGUUCCUGUGGGUCGAGGUAGUAUUUUUCCACACACGUAUUUUUUUUCAUUAGUUUAGUCACGUGGCUUUUUUAAAACUAACACUCGUAUCAUACACAGAUAUCUGUAACACACUCCAUAAAGGUUAAUUAAUGCAACCAAUUGCAUCUAGGUACAGGGGCUCCCAGGGUUUUUGCUUUUUUUUUUUUUAACUUUUGCUUUCUUAAUUAUUUUUUAAGUGAACACAACAAUGUGUUUUAUCCCAAGCCACAAGAAUAUUAUCUUUUGUCGACAAAAUAUAUAUAUAUAUAUAUUUUUAACAUUACGUGCGUAUGAAAUGUAAGUUUUGGCUACAGUCAGUAGAAAAUUGGCAAUAUUAAGGGGUCAGCAAGUAAUCUUUAAGACAUUAAUGUCUGACUAUAAUAUAAAACAUACUAGAAAACUCAACGGUAGAACAGACCCCCUGUGGUAAAGCCUUAGCUUUCGUAGGAUUGCUGUGAUUGAAUGGAUCACCUCUACAGGUUUGGUACGCACCUAGAAGGAAAAAGCCUGACACAUCUGUGAGCGAUUCUCUCGAUUAGGUUACUAAAGCGAGAAGGCCCACUUCAAGCAGGGUACUCCAUUCCCGGGACAUAGUGCUUGGGUUCUGGACUGCGUUAAAACGGAGAAGUGGCUCCGAGCAGCGGCGCCCAUGGCUGUCUUCCUCCUGACUUCGGAAACAGUAUGACCAGCUGCUUCAGGCUCCUGCUGCCCCGACAUCCCUGCAUGGUGGACUGUGCCCUGGAACUGUGAGCCAAAAUGAACUCUUCCUUUCUUAAAUUGCUUGCGUCAGGGUAGAUUUAUCACACCCAGAAAGCUCUCUUGGGCCUCGUGGGAUCCAGGUGGCUGCAGCAUGGAUCUGAACUGCACUGGUGGCCUACUGGAAAAAGAAGCCCGGAGAAGGAGGAUUAUUCUAAACCAGAGUCAAAAGGACACCCUUCGUGUGUGGUUUGAAAAGAAUCCCAAUCCUGACUUAGCUACCAGGGGACAUCUGGCUAAGAAACUCGGCAUCUCUGAGUCUCAAAUAAUGACUUGGUUUCAGAAGCACAGAAAAAUACGGAAACAAGUAGAGUUUGAAUGUUGCUCUGAAGAAAGCCAAGAGCAAGGACAGGAUAAACCCAGAGUUAAAGAAGCUGGGAGGAGCAGGACGCAUUUCACAAAGUUUCAGAUUGAUAUUCUAAUCGAAGCUUUUGAGAAGAAUCGAUUCCCAGGGAUCGUUACCAGGGAAAAACUGGCUCAAGAAACAGGCAUCCCAGAAUCCAGAAUUCAUAUAUGGUUUCAGAACCGGAGAGCACGGCACCCAGACCCAAAACAGGGUACUCGGGCAACUUCUCAUCCGCCUGAGAGCAGCCAGUGCCCUGCCCAGAAGACUACUGGUCAACUUGCUCCUUCCAAAGAUCCCACCAGCAGCUGUUCCGUUAUAUUGCCUCUCUCUCCACCCCACACGCCAAAUGGUCCUUUGGAUCUCUCUAGGGGCCGUCAGAAGCAGUUACCAGAGACCACAGUACUACAGCCCUCCCAGGUUGUACAGCGAAGGGGCGAUGAUCAAAAUCCCUCACUGUUUAUUGAUCACUUAUCAGAGGUAAAAAGUCCAGGAGAGAAGGAGGGCUUCCAUACUCAGGCUCCUUUACAGCUCCCAAUCCAAAAAAGAGGGCAUAAUCCCAGUGAGAACAGUGGUUUGUCUGUACCGCCCUUAGAAGAUUCUACUCAGGUUUCAGCUGUCAAUCAACACUUCCGGAAACCGGACCAAAAAGAUCUCGCCUUUCUCCAACACUGGGACGAAUGGUUCCAAUCCAUGCUUGCCGAGUGGAUGCCUGACAAAGGAUACUGGGCCGUGAAAACUGACCUGCACCCGUGGCAGGCACAGCUGCUGCAGCUCCUCUAUGUGUCUGAGCAGACAGACCAAACUCCACAGCAGCCGGUUUAAGCCUCAAGCCUUUUUCGUUAAUUCCUCUUGGACAUGGAUUUUCUAUUCUUUCUGCAUCCAAGUCCCCAACAUGGGUUCCUGCACAUGGCUCGGGGAGCUUCUCAGAAGAGUUUCAGGUUCUUCUUCACAUGGGGAGAAGUACAUCAGUGAGUCAGAUUCAGGAGAAACCUGUCCUUGGGCAUGAAAUCAGUGGAUUUAUUGAAGCCUAGGUAUGCAGAAUUACAGAACAAGUUCAAGUUAGUAUAUGCAUAAACCUCAUGGACACACAAAGGGAGCCAUUAUUUUUAUUCUUAAUUUAUUCUUGAGAUCUGAUCUUGCUGUUAUUCCGGUUGGCCUUGAGCUCCUGCGCUUAAGUCAGUCUCCUGCCUCCGCCUCCUCAAGAGUCAGCACUACAAAUACAUCCAUGUCCACCUUGGUCUCAAUUUUAAUUAUGGUUUAAAAAAAAAUCAUAUAGAAAAGUCACGGUUUCAUUUACCAUCUGUUGUGUUUUUAAUCUGAAGUGUCUCUCACAAGUUCAUGCUUUGAAAUCUUGCCUCUCAGCCGAUGGCGGUUUGAAUCUGUGGAGUUUUUACAUGGGUCCUGACAGGCAGACAUAGGCCAGGGUGAUACCUUGAAAGUUAUACCCAGGGCUGGGGAUUUAGCUCAGUGGUAGAGCGCUUGCCUAGCAAACACAAGGCCCUGGGUACGGUCCCCAGCUCUGAAAAAAAUAGAAAAAAGAAAGUUAUACCCACCACGUGAAUAGCAUGUACCACACACUCCCGAAGUGUAGACAGAUUCACAUCACCAUGCCUCUCUGUGAUGAUGGACUGAAACAUUCUGAAAAGAAUCCCAAUAAACACUCUUCUGUCAA